UUCUGAGUCUCUCCCAUUCAGCAAUUCUCAUCUCCAAAGUCUUUUAGCUUAUUUCUUUUGCCUGUUUCUCUCUUAGCUAAAAUGAAGAGCGGUGACUCAACUACCAUUGAUGUUCCCCAUCAUGAGGCCAGCGGUGGCGCCGCAUCGAAAGGAAAAGGGGCAAUUCUGACAGUCCCUGCAAGGCAAGAGAAGGGAGGGAUGAGGAGAGGGAUGGCCAUAAUUGACUUGGUUUUGAGGAUUGGUGCUAUAGUGGCUGCUCUGGCUGCUGCAGCCACCAUGGGAACAAGUGAUCAAAACCUUCCUUUCUUCACCCAGUUCUUCCAGUUUGAAGCUAGCUAUGACGACAUGCCCAGUUUCCAGUUUUUCCUCAUAGCAAUGUCGCUUGUGGCUGGCUACUUGGUGCUCUCAGUUCCCUUCUCCAUAGUCUCCAUUGUUCGUCCCCAUGCAAGUGGAAUAAGGCUCUUGCUCCUCAUCCUUGACGUUGUGGCACUCACCCUGGCCACUUCUGCUGCUGGGGCUGCAACUGCCAUAGUCUACUUGGCUCACAAUGGCAACUCAAGCUCCAAUUGGCUUGCCAUCUGCAACCAGUUUGGUGAUUUCUGUCAGACAGUCAGCGGGGCUGUGGUGGCUUCGUUUGUUACUGUUGUUACCUUCAUGUUCUUGAUUCUGCUGUCUGCUGUGGCUCUCCGAAAGCAUUGAGACAAGAUAUGGAAGGGGAAAAGCUCUUCAAAAAUGACUGUGAACGCUGUUUGUGAUUCUGUUUUGGUGCUUUUCUGCAUAAGUGCUUUUUCAAUUGUUGUGUGAAUUUGGUUGUAGUUCAUGUAAUUUACUUUGUCUAAUGCAAGUGGAAAAAAUAUUGUAAUUGAAUUUACUGUUCUUUCUCUACAAGCAUCCUUUUGUCAACUGGUUUUUCUUU